AGUCGGCCAGGGAUGUAGGUGGAUGGAUGGAUAGUAGACACAACAAGAGAGUAACAGAUAGCUAGCACAUAGCAAUGGCCAUGGUUAUGGCUUCUUUCCGCAUUGUAUUACACACCAACACCUAUAAUCGCUUCUUCCAUCCACCAACUCUUUCCACGUGGCGGCGGUGUCUUCUUUUUUCUCGUGCAUUUUCAACUAAUUACAAUUACAGCGUUGUUGUAAAGAAAGACGAACGGUUAGGGAAACGAACUGAGAAUGAGAACUCCAAUGUUGUAAACUCGACAACAAUUGCAGCCAUAGUAACAUCUUUAGGUGGUCCUCCUGCUGCUGUUGGAAUCGUUCGUCUUUCGGGUCCUCACGCGGUGUCUAUUGCGGGUCGAGUAUUUCGACCCGCCGUCAGAAACACGUGGCAGCCUACUAGUCAUGUUGUUGAAUACGGCGUUGUUUUGGAUUCGGAUGGAAAUGUUAUCGAUGAGGUUUUAGCAGUGCCUAUGCUAGCACCGAGAUCGUAUACUCGGGAAGAUGUUGUUGAACUUCAAUGUCAUGGGAAUGAAGUGUGUUUGCGUCGUGUGCUUAGGACUUGUUUGGAAGCUGGAGCAACACUUGCUCAGCCAGGAGAGUUUACUCUUCGUGCUUUUCUAAAUGGUCGUUUGGAUCUGUCCCAAGCUGAAAAUGUUGCAAGACUGAUCUCAGCUAAAUCUAUGGCUGCCGCUGAUGCAGCGCUGGAAGGAAUUCAGGGUGGUUUCUCUUCUCUUGUCAGGUCAUUGAGAAAUCAGUGCAUCGAUAUGCUCACUGAGAUUGAAGCUCGUUUGGAUUUCGAAGAUGAGAUGCCACCUCUAGAUUUGAAUGGGAUUAUGGAUAAAAUACAACAUAUGUCACAAGAUGUUGAGAAUGCAUUGGAAACGGCAAAUUAUGACAAGCUUCUUCAAUCUGGAUUACAGUUAGCAAUUGUUGGCCGUCCUAAUGUCGGCAAGUCAAGCCUUCUUAAUGCAUGGAGCAAAAGUGAGAGAGCAAUAGUUACUGAAAUUGCUGGAACAACUCGAGAUGUGAUUGAAGCAAGUAUUAGCAUCAACGGCAUUCCCAUAACCCUUCUUGAUACUGCAGGCAUCAGGGACACUGAUGACAUUGUGGAAAAAAUUGGUGUAGAGCGAUCUGAAGCUGUUGCCAGAGGUGCUGAUUUAAUUAUCAUGACUGUGAGUGCGGUUGAAGGGUGGACUUCUGAAGACACCAAACUUCUUGAAAGGAUUCAAUCUGCUAAGGAAUCAACUGGAUCUUCCACCCCAGUAAUCCUCGUGGUCAACAAGAUAGAUUGUAAGCCUAGUGCUGAGACUGAAUGGGACAAAGGAUGUCACAGUCACAAAAUUUUCAGCAAACAAGUGUUUACAUGUGCUGUAACCAGUCAAGGAAUACAAGACUUAGAGAGGGCAGUUUUAGAGAUUGUGGGUAUGGAUGGCAUUGCUGCUGGGGGUCGCAGAUGGACUGUAAAUCAGAGACAAUGUGAACAACUUGUUCGGACCAAGGAAGCGCUUGUGAGGUUACAAUCAUCAAUAAAGGAGGAACUACCUAUGGAUUUUUGGACAAUUGAUUUGAGGGAUGCUGCAUUGUCCCUUGGACAGAUAAAUGGAGAAGAUAUUUCGGAGGAAGUUUUAUCAAAUAUAUUUAGCAAGUUCUGUAUUGGUAAAUAAUAAACAUCUGUCUCCCUACAUGUGCUCUGAUUUUCAGCAUAUUUUUCUUUACAACAUAUUUUCAGUCAUGUAAACCCUAUAUAGACCAGUACACCUACCUCUCCAUGGAUUUAAUAUUUUAAAGCUGUGGGGAUAAGUUUUGUUGUAUAAUUAUUUUCUGUUCUCACCAUAUGACCUUUUUCGACUAUGAUCAAAUAGCUAGGGCUAUAUAUAAAAUCUCUUCUUUUUCUUUUU